CAACAUUCAACAUUAAACAGCAAUAACCUCUGUCACCUCCAUGACUUCUGCACCAAUGAAUGUGUCCGACCAAGAACACAAGCUCUCUGUUAGCCACUUUAUCCUCAUGGGCUUUCCCUCCAGCCCACAAAGGCAGCUCCUCUACUUUGGGCUCUUCUUCGUAACCUACACUCUGACCCUGACGGGCAACGCAGCCAUCGCCUGUGCUGUGAGGGCAGACCGGCGCCUUCACACUCCCAUGUACAUCCUACUGGGGAAUUUCUCUCUCCUGGAAAUAUGCUAUGUCACCUCCACUGUGCCUAACAUGUUGGCCAACUUCCUCUCCACAAGCAAGUCCAUCACUUUUGUGAGUUGUUUCGCACAGUUCUACUUCUUCUUCUACUUUGGGUAUGAUGAGGGCUUCUUCCUUUGCUUCAUGGCCUUUGACAGGUACCUGGCCAUCUGCCGUCCUCUGCAUUACCCACGCAUCAUGACCCAGCAGCUGUGCACUGGCCUCGUCGUCUUUGGAUGGUCAUGUGGGUUCAUCCUCUUUCUAACUCCAUUUAUUUUAAUUUCCCAGUUACCCUACUGUGGUCCAAAUAUCAUCAACCAUUUUGUGUGUGAUCCUGUCCCACUGAUGAUGCUGUCCUGUGCGGAAGACACCACCACCCAGUCCAUUUACUCUGCCUUCAAUGCUUUCUUCAUGAUUGGCACUUUGCUCUUUAUCCUUUGUUCCUAUGCUCUGGUGAUUCUAGCUGUGGUGAGGAUGCCCACAGCAGCAGGCAAACACAAGGCUUUCUCCACUUGUGCUUCUCACUUGGCAGUCAUCACCCUUUUUUAUGGUUCUAUCUUGAUGAUGUAUGUUGGACCUGAAUCAGGACACACGGUAAAAAUGCAAAAAAUCAUUACCUUAUUUUAUUCUGUGAUAACACCUCUGUGUAAUCCUCUAAUAUAUAGCUUGAGGAACAAGGAGAUGAAGGAUGCUCUGAGGAAAAUUUUCAGAACUGAACAAGGUGUUCAUAAAAUAUAA